GGGGGCCGUCCUGGCGACUGGCGGGGUUCGGUGUGGCUCAGCGGCAACCCGGCUGAGAGAGCUCUCAGAGGAGGUUGAUCGUCGACACCUAUCCGGAGCGGAGCCGUGGGGAUUUUUGGCGCUUUAUGCUCGACAAGCAACACCAUAUCUGUCGAGAUGUCCGACGACGAGCAGGAGCAGACCAUUGCUGAGGACCUAGUGGUCACCAAGUAUAAGAUGGGGGGCGACAUAGCCAACCAGGCACUGCGUCUGGUUCUGGAAACAGCCAAGCCUGGGGUGUCUGUGCUCAGCCUGUGUGAGAAAGGUGACACCUAUAUUAUGGCAGAAACUGGGAAGGUCUUCAAGAAGGAGAAGGACAUGAAGAAAGGUAUUGCCUUUCCUACCAGCGUCUCUGUCAAUAACUGUGUUUGCCACUUCUCCCCACUGAAGAGUGACCCUGACUACAGUCUGAAAGAUGGAGAUCUUGUCAAAAUCGACCUCGGCGUUCACGUAGACGGCUUCAUUGCCAAUGUUGCUCACAGCUUUGUAGUGGGAGCGUCGAAGGAGAAACCCAUCACAGGCCGCAAAGCUGAUGUCAUCAAAGCAGCCCAUCUGUGCGCUGAAGCCGCUCUUCGCCUUGUUAAACCUGGCAACCAGAACACUCAAGUGACAGAGGCCUGGGGCAAAAUCUCCCAAUCAUUCAAAUGCUCACCUAUCGAGGGUAUGCUGUCUCAUCAGUUAAAGCAGCAUGUUAUUAAUGGAGAGAAGACCAUUAUUCAGAAUCCAACAGACCAACAAAGGAAGGAUCACGAAAAGGCAGAGUUCGAGGUCCAUGAAGUUUACGCUGUGGAUGUCUUAGUCAGCACUGGAGAAGGGAAGGCCCGAGAUGGAGGUUUGAGGACCACCAUUUAUAAGAGGGAUCCUAGUAAGCAGUAUGGCCUGAAGAUGAAGACUUCACGUACGUUCUUCAGUGAGGUGGAACGGCGCUUUGAUGCUAUGCCCUUCACGCUCAGGGCAUUUGAAGAUGAAGCCAAAGCCCGGCUGGGAGUAGUUGAAUGUGCCAAGCAUGAGUUGCUGCAGCCCUUUAGCAUCCUACACGAGAAAGAGGGAGAAUUUGUAGCUCAGUUUAAGUUCACAGUGCUGUUGAUGGCUAACGGGCCUCACAGGAUCACCAGCGGGCCUUUUGAACCGGAACUCUACAAGUCAGAGCAUGAAGUCCAGGACGUAGAGCUAAGGACUUUACUACAGAGCUCUGCAAGCAGGAAAACACAAAAGAAAAAGAAAAAGAAGGCUUCGAAGACAGCAGAAAAUGCAGCAGGUCAGCCAAGCGAGGAAACAGAGGCAGCAGAAUGAAUAACUGUCUUCACACCCAUGCAAGAAGAGCCCAAAGAGAGCCAGAAAAAUACCCUGCUGUCCUCCAGUUGUUCUGAAGAGCUGAUUUCCCUUUGUGUCCAAUUUAUAAAAGCAAGCUUGGGAACUGGAAGUGACUAUUUCAUAAGUGACAUUGUUUCAUGAACGCUUGAAUUCCUAACCCUUUACUGCAUUACAGAAAAGGAUAUAAUUACUUUAAGUGAGUGUGCUUUUUUUCUAAAAAUGAAUCCCCACUCACCGUCCUAUUUACGGUACACCCAACCUCUAAAACAUUUUAAGCCAACAUUGGGCGUUAAUGGAACUAACCAAGUGUGUUUUUGAUCUUCAAAUGUGAUUAAAGAAAUAUUGGAGCUGUUGCUUUCAGCACAUAUCCAAUUGGAAUACACAGUGUCUGAGACCAUGUUUCUCCCGAUGAAUCAAAUUCACAAACAUCUCUAUGUAUGUCAUGCUAUUUAUUCAAAGGGAAGUGCGGUAAAGGGUUGCAUUUGGUGCUUGUCACUCAUGAAAACUGACAAUGUGAGGAUAGUAGUUCCACAAGUGUACAAUGCAAAGAAUAUUUUCAAGGUUUGUAGUGUCAUAGACAAAGUGUUCAUCAACCUGUUCAGGAUUGUGUUUUUCAAAGAAUAGUUCCACUUGCAAGUUGAGAAUUAGAAGGGGAAACAGGUGUAUGGGAACAAAUGCUAAAUUUACUGCCAUUAAAUCAUAAUGAGUGGAAGC